AUACAGUCACUACUGGCAAGUUGCAACUGUUGGUCUGCAGCUCGUGAACAGGUCUGCCUAAGGUUCCACCAAGCAUUGCUUUCAAACUUACUCGAUGAAUUCUCCUCAGAAGAAACUCUUGGGGUGGCUGAAGCGAAGCUACUCAAACCCUCAUUUGCCAGUGGAGAGCGGAGCCAGUGAAAGUGAUGGACAUUGGGCUUACAUCUUCUGGCUGUCACCUGUGUGUAGUGAUAUCGGUAUAUUACAGCUGUCCUCUCUCGCGCCUUCACCUCUCAGAGGACCUCCAGGGCCGGUUCGUAAGUUGUGGGGCAAGGUGACCAACCGUUCCACUCGAAGCGCUCGACAGUCUCCGAACCCUGAACUUGCGGUUGCAAGUUCCAGCGCACAGGAUCUCCCACCCGCUCAGACAACUCAGGUAUGUGCAACCAUUGGCACGUUUCAUGUGCGAUGGUUGCUACCAACUGCCGCAGUAUCUUUCACCACUCAUCGUUCCCACUCCUACUCCCGAACCAAAUCCUCACCAGGCUUCCAAUUCAGGCAUUGUCAAGGUGAAUUCGAUCAUUGUAGGCCGAGCAACCUGAAAUCGCCGAUGCCACCAAAGGCGUCGCAGGUAUGAAAAUUGUUCCCGUAAUAGUCGAAAACACUGCUUCAGCAACCAACAACUAUCCCUGACUUGGAUAAACGAGUAGAAGAUUCCAUUCCGACCGAGCUAUCAUACGCGUGUCGA